AUGAAGUCGCUCUCAUCCUCUCUAGCGAGCAGUAUUCGGUGGGCAAGCACUUCCGAAAAUAGAGAUAAGUACAAGAUUGUGGUUGUCGGCGCGGGUUCCGGCGGCUUGACGGUCGCGAACCAGAUUUACAGCCGAUUCAAGGCCGCUGGCAAACCUCUAAACGAAGGGGAUAUUGCCGUAGUUGACUCAGCAGAAUUUCACUAUUACCAGCCUGGAUGGACUCUUGUCGGUGCCGGUUUGAAGCAGAAGUCCAGCACUCGACGCCCUCUUGCGUCACUGAUCGGCCCCCACCUUUCUCAUAUACCAGAAAAUAUCAAGUCGUUCUCCCCCGAGUCCUCCUCUGUAACCACCACCUCUGGCCGCACAAUUUCGUAUGACUCGCUUGUCGUCUCGGCUGGACUCCAGACAAACUGGUCUGCAAUUUCUGGGUUGUCGAAUGCUCUUUCUGAUUCCUCAUCGGGCGUAUCUUCCAUUUAUUCAUUCGAGACAUGCGACAAGGUUUGGCGUGACAUUGACGCGCUGAAGUCUGGCAAUGCAAUAUUUACACAGCCUGCUGGAGUAAUCAAGUGUGCUGGGGCGCCCCAGAAGAUUUUAUGGAUGGCAUGGGAUAGAUAUAGAAGAACUGGGCGAGGCGACAGUAUCCAUAUGGAUUUCUACACCGGCAUGCCUACGAUGUUCAGUGUAAAGAAGUACUCAGAUGCGCUCAACGAGCUACGGACGCAACGCAGUGUGGGCGGAUACUUCCAACAUAACCUCGUCAGCGUGGAUGCUGCAAACCGCAAAGCCACCUUUAAAAGGUCGGACGGUUCCGACGUUAAAGUGGAUUACAACCUACUGCACGUCUCCCCUCCUAUGGGGCCCCUUGAUUUCAUCAAAGGUUCUCCGAUUGCCGACGAAGCUGGAUGGGUCGCAGUAGACCAGUCGACGUUACAACAUGUGAAUUUCGACAAUGUCUGGGCUCUAGGCGAUUGUUCAAACUUGCCUACCAGCAAGACUUCUGCGGCUAUCACGGGCCAGGCACCUGUCCUGACUGAGAAUUUGUUCUCGUUAAUUGACACGGGCAAGAUUGGCAACGCGAAAUACGAUGGUUACACGAGCUGUCCUUUGUUGACAGGAUACGGCCAGCUGAUGCUCGCAGAGUUUACAUACGGUCUAGUGCCGAAGGAAACAUUUGCCAACUACCUUGGAGAUCAGUCCGUUCCGAAUAGAUUUUACUAUCAUUUGAAGAAGGACUUGUUCCCAUGGGCAUACUGGAACCAUAUGCUCAAUGGUAAUUGGUUCGGUGCAUCUGGCUUUAUCAGACCCAAAUUCCCUCCGAGCACGCCAGUGUGA